UCUCUUGUAAGAAUCGCAUUCUCUCUUCGUCUUCUCACUCAUAGAUCUCUUUCUCUUCCUCUCAUUUUCUCCUCCGAUUCUCAAUUUUCCUCCUUUUUCUCUCAUAACUUUUGGAAAAGCCCUAAACUUUCUGCCUGGAAAAUCUUACAAUUUUUCUCUUGGAUCUCUCUCUCUCUCUCUCUGCAGGGCCAGGCUACUACAGCUGAUUAGAUCUAUUUAGUAAGUGAUGUUACAAAGUCGUCUCCUUUGAUCUAUUUAAUAGUUGAGUCUUUAGAGUGAAUUCUAGAAAUGGAUAAAGAGAAAUCUCCGGCACCUUGUGGUGGUCUCCCACCUCCAUCUCCGUCAGGUCGAUGCUCAGCAUUCUCAGACGCUGGUCAUGGACCAGAUACUAACCGGUUAAGCCACGAUAUUAGCCGUAUGCUCGAUAACCCACCAAAGAAGAUUGGACACCGUCGAGCACAUUCCGAGAUCCUCACUCUCCCUGAUGAUUUGAGUUUUGACAGUGAUCUUGGUGUGGUUGGUACUAAUGCUGAUGGAGCUUCUUUCUCUGAUGACACGGAAGAAGACUUGCUAUCUAUAUAUCUUGAUAUGGAUAAGUUUAAUUCCUCGGCUACUUCUUCUGCUCAAGUUGGUGAGCCGUCAGGAACUUCUUGGAAAAAUGAGUCGAAGAUGCAUACAGGCUCAACUUCUAAUCCUCAGAAUACGCUCAAUAGUUUCGGCGAAAGACCAAGAGUCAGACACCAACACAGCCAAUCUAUGGAUGGUUCAAUGAACAUCAAUGAGAUGCUUAUGUCGGGAAAUGAAGAUGAUUCCACUGUUGAUGCUAAGAAGUCCAUGUCUGCUGCUAAACUUGCUGAGCUUGCCCUCAUCGAUCCAAAACGUGCUAAGAGGAUAUGGGCAAACAGGCAAUCCGCGGCAAGAUCAAAAGAAAGGAAGACGAGAUACAUAUUUGAGCUUGAGAGAAAAGUACAGACUUUGCAAACAGAAGCUACAACUCUCUCAGCCCAGUUGACUCUCUUACAGAGAGACACAAAUGGCUUGACUGUAGAAAACAACGAGCUGAAACUGCGGUUACAAACAAUGGAGCAGCAAGUUCACUUGCAGGAUGAACUAAACGAAGCACUUAAGGAGGAAAUCCAGCAUCUGAAGGUGUUGACGGGCCAAGCUGCUCCAAACGGUGCAUCAGCAAUGAACUAUGGGUCGUUGGGAUCAAACCAGCAAUUCUAUUCCAACAAUCAGUCAAUGCAAACAAUCUUAGCCGCACAACAGUUCCAGCAGCUUCAGAUCCAUUCGCAGAAACAGCUGCAACACCAACAACAGUUUCAGCUUCAGCAGCAACAGCUGCAGCAGCUUCUAAACCAUCGCCUUCAACAGCAGGAACAACAAAAUGGAAUUGCAGAGAUGAGAAAACAGAAACCAUCUCAAGGCCAGAAUGAGAGCUGAGGAAUACGAGGUUGAAUAUAUGUGGACUUUUGCGAGAGAGGGUAUUGACGUUAUGCACUAAGCAGAAGACUUUUGGUAUAUCAUCGAGGAAAGAAAACAUUUGGAUAGCCCAAAGACACAUUAUGAGCUGUUUGGAUUUGGUUAUUGGAAUUUAGAUUGGGUCUUGUGUCCAAGUACGUAAAAAGUUUUUUUUUUGGUUUUUAUCACAUUCAAACUGUGAAUUUGUUAUAAAUUAUAAAUUGUACACGUUAUUCCCAACCGUGCUUGAUGUAUAUUUGUUUUCUCAGAUGCUUUUGUAAAAUAACAUUUAGAUUAAAUAUCAUAUUGAU